GCGCUUUUGAAAUUCGGAACCUUAACAAACCCACCCCAAAGCCAUUGAGAUAACUCUGAUUAGCCUGCCCAAGCUGCAGUUUUUGCACAAAUAGUUGAUAAAGAAAAUAUUUGAAAUGUCUGCUUAUCCCAGUGCUUCCGCCUCCCAAUCGACAGGAACUACGGAUCUGGACACAGAAUCCGUGGAAGUUCUGCGGGAGCGUCUGAGCACCAUGAAGCGACUGAUGUCCGAGCGGACGUCCCAGCAGCAGAACAACCCGGCGACCACGGAGGAGAUAUUCUCCACCAAGCGCCACCGUUCGGCGGGCAUUAUCGACGGCAACUUCCUGAGCAUCGCUUUUGGCGGAGCUCUGCUGGUGAUCAUCACGGUUUCAGUGUACGCAUUCUACAAUCUCUACCAUGCCAUACUCAAGAAGUUCCCAUCGCGCCACGAGGAGCUGUAAACGGGUGCCAAAUUGGUCGACCUUUCGUUUUCCCAUAUGAAAUGUACGAGUCUCUGCAUUUAAUAAAUUGUAGCUUGAAUUUUAA